AUGGCUACAGUCGGGGAGGGUUUUGAAGAGGAAUACGUGAUGAGGAAGCAAUAUAACAAAGCAAAAGUCGGUAUAUCUCUGUACGUAAUAUCAGUUUACUUGUCACUUAUUGCUUAUGGGGUGGAAAGCGCCCGACGAGCGAUAGCGGAAGGUAUAAGAAAAGAUUUCGAGAAGGAUUUGCUGACGAUGAAUAAAACUGAAGCAAUGGAGAAAUUAAAAUCAAAGUGUUUAGAGGGCAUACAAAUGCAUCAAAAGCUUCUUUAUUUAGCUGACGAGAUAUAUCGUGUUUUCGGAAUAAUAAUGUCACUUCAAGUUUGUGAAAGUUCUGCUGUUGCCGUUUUGCUUUUGCUGCGUUUGGCGCUUUCUCCACACCUGGAUCUAACAAACGCGUUUAUGACGUAUACGUUUGUUGGGUCUUUGUUUCUAUUACUGGCCUUGAAUUUGUGGAAUGCAGGCGAGGUUACUUAUCAGGCGUCAUUGCUCUCCAAUGCGGUAUUUGACUGCGGUUGGCACCUCUGUCCAAUGGAGAAGCCAUUCCAUCGCGACAUCCGCCGACUCGUCCUCAUUAGCUGUGCACAAGCACAAAAGCCACUCAUACUUAAAGCAUUCGGUAUUCAAGACCUUUCGUAUGAGACUUUUGUAUCCGUAGCAAGAAUGACAUAUUCAGUGUUCGCUGUAUUCUACCAGAGAGGCGAGUAG